AGCAAAUCUCACCCUCCACCCUACAACAUCACAAUACAACAGAUAGAUCCAAUCCAAAUAAAACCAUCUCAAACGACUCCAUCCGACAACAUGCAAUUCUCGACAAUCCUCUCAUUCUUCGCUUUCGGCGCAACCAUCGCCUCGUCAUCUCCCACCAUCCGCAAACAGGCAAGACAGCACAACUGUGUCGACUGUGAGAUCCAAAUUGCCACUCAAGGCGUAUGCUCAAGUGUCGACUGGUGCUGCUGGAAGGAACAAGUUUAUUUGCCCGCGAACAACGGUAUCUGUGGAGGAUGCCCUAUUCAAGAGGAGGCAAGCGCGAACUGCCCAUAAAUCGAACCAGCCCAUAAUGGCCAG